AUGCUUUACGGUGGUCCGCUGGGCACCUACCUCAGCGGGUAUUACGCCCCGAAGAGUUCCAAGGGUGGAAGUCCGUCGAAUUUUCCCGGCACAGGCAGUGGAUCUGGUUCAACUAGUGGGAUAAGUCGCUCACGCGGCAGUCGGUACAGGGCUCCAUCGGCCUAUGGCGGCUCCGGUGGUGGUGGCAGCAGCAACACCCCUACGAAUUCGAUCGCCUCCACGUCCUCCGCUUCAGGCAGUCGUUCCAAUUUCUACACUCCGCAGACCCGACGGAAAUACUCUGAUGAUAGCACCGAAUCGACAGCAGCACCCAGCCGGUCUUGGUACACGGGUUCGGGAACACCGGUGACCAGUGGCACGACCAGCGGCUACUAUUCUCGUCCCUCCCCCGGCUACGCGCCCUCCACCACACCCUCCUCCUUCUCCCGAGCUGCUGAACCAAGCGUGGAUUACAAGCGACUCUACGAAGCCGAGAAACAGGACACUCAGGAGCUUCGUGGACAAAUCGAUCGUGCCCAGCAGGAACUGAAGGAUCUAAGGGCUCGCAUCGAGGAGGCUCGGAAAACCCACAAAUCCACGAAUUCCGAUCAGCGAGUCCUCGAGGAGCUACGAGCAGCGUCGGAAAAACUCAAAGCCGAAAACCGGGCGCUUACUCGUGUGAUUUCCCGCCUCAUGUAG